UUCAAUCUUCAAACUCUGAAGGUGACAAGAUUGAGCCAUUUUCUGCUGCAAGAUGUCAUGUAUACUGUAGAUCACUGAAUAAGAAGGCUGAAAUACCAAUAAUUCACUUGCUGAAGGGACCCGGCCAUCAUUCUUUAAGUGCAAUAACUCAGUUGAACAACUAUAAGGAUUCUGAAGAUUCUAAAGUAUUUACUUCUUUCAAGGAACGACUUCAUCAUUUACAGAAAAUGGAAAAGCUUCGAGUUUGCUUUGGAAAAUCGGGUAUCCAUGGAUGGGGUCUUUUUGCUCGUAGAGAUAUACAAGAAGGAGAGAUGGUUGUUGAGUAUCGCAUUGAGCGGGUAAGGCGAAGUGUUGCUGAUUUAAGGGAAGUGAAAUACCGUGCAGAAGGAAAAGAUUGCUAUCUGUUCAAGAUCAGUGAGGAUGUGGUAAUUGAUGCAACGUACAAGGGCAAUAUAGCACGGCUAAUAAACCAUUCUUGCAUGCCAAAUUGUUAUGCAAGGAUUAUGAGUUUGGGUGAUCAAGAGAGUCGGAUCGUUCUCAUUGCCAAGACGAAUGUUUCUGCUGGCGAAGAAUUAACGUAUGAUUACUUAUUCGAUCCAGAUGAGCAGGAUGAACUGAAAGUUCCCUGCCUUUGCAAAGCCUCCAAUUGUAGGAAAUUUAUGAACUAGGGUUGGCAUUUUACUUUUUUUUUUUUUUUUUACUGGAGCAAUUGCAGAUUCCUAACCAUAGGCCAUAGUAUAGAGUAAACAGUAGUCCAUUGAUAGGUAUAUCGUUUUUGCAAUCUCAUUAUAAUUGUAUAUUCUUUUGCUCAUAUCAUAAAUUAGGAAAAAAGAUAUUCAGAUCAAUGAAUUAGAGGCAUUUUUGUAAAUUGCCU